AUGGAAAGGAUCGAGUCCGUCGACAUGGUGCAGCUCAUGGAGCGUGUACCGCCCGAGACCCCAAAACUACACGAUGGGGAGACGGCUGCCGGGACUUUCACGUACAAGAACAAAACAUCCAUCUGCAAUCUGGUCAUCUGGAACGAUGACUCUCGCCGCGGUACACACUACCUGGCGGGCGAUGCCAACUCGGAGCUUGAAGAGGCCAUCGUUCAAUGGAUGAAUUACAAUUCGGAUGAUAACAAGAGUGUGAUGGUCGCCAAGAUGUCGCAUCACGGCGCAAGUGGUUUUGGUGGUCGAAAGCUCACUGUGUUCACGGCAUCUGUACACGUUGCGAGCAUCAGCCUGACCUUUGUGCAGUGGCGAGACACGUCAUGGCAAUCGACGACACCUUCGAAGCGCAUCAUCAAAGUGUCGAUCGGUGACAUGGGCGACAUCGAUGCGCCGCUGGUGGGGAAGCUGAAACAACCCUUCGACCAGCUCGUUUACAUGUGGGUGAGCGACAAGGCCACAGCUGUGGUCGACAAAGCCGCUAAGCCUGGUGUCACCAAGGGUGACCUUGACGCGUUGCUGCCCGGGCUUGAACACGACCAGGACAAACUCUUCUCAAAAUCCAACAAGGAGCCAAACGAUAUCAAGCCGAACGAGAUCUUCAUUGAGCCAGGAUCACACUUUAUGGUUGUCGCAACCAACAGCAAGGGCUUACAGGCGGCGGUGCUGGAUUAUCGUUUCAACCGGUCCAAAGGCUCCGAGAAGAAGGAGAGACCGAGCGGCUGGGAUGAUUGGGACGAGUGGCUCAUUGAGGACGGCGAUCAGAAUGACGAGGACGUAUCGAAGGCUGCUUUCAAGGUGUCAGCUGGCCCGCUCGUGUUCGAAAACAUUGGACUGAAGUACAUCCAAGAGGAGAACCGUCUGGGCGUGGUUCUCGACGCAAGCUUCCUAAUGGGGCCCAUCGUAGCAGUCGCAUUGCCCUCCCAGAAUCCCACCCCUCAGCUCUACCUUGCUCGACUCCUAUCAUCCGCGCUGUUCAAGGUUGAGGCUCAACUCUCGCCGCGAUUUUUCGUCCUUCACGAAAGAUGUCAUUUGACCGGCGGCCUCGCCCUCUUCUCCUGGUUCGGCGACAGUCCCCAUGCCGGUGACUGGGUCAUGACCAUUGGUGGGUUUCACCAGGCAUUUGAUAAACCUCUCCAGUAUCCUCGACCCCCUCGCCUCGGCAUUUCUUGGUCUCUUGGGGAUAAUCUGCGCAUCACUGGCGAAGCCUACUUCGCCAUCACGCCCCGCGUUUGCAUGGGUGGUGGCCGCCUGCACGCCCAUUUGACACUCGGAGCGUUGUCCGCCUGGUUUGACGCCUUCCUUGAUUUCCUGAUCAAUUACCGGCCCUUCUGCUUCGCUGCCGUCGGCGGUGUAUCUAUCGGAGUUCGUUUCUCUUUGGACCUCUGGCUCGUCACUAUACGCAUAUCAUGUGAGAUUGGGGCGACACUCACCGUUGCGGGGCCGCCUAUGGCUGGCACUGUCCACGUCGAUUUCUGGGUCUUCAGCUUCGACGUCGAUUUCGGUGACAAGACUGGCAUGGCGAGACCUGAUAGGCUGUCACUCAGUGAUUUCAAGGCUUUGGCUCUCAAAUCUGCGCCCUCCGGGGCCCCAGUGCCCCUGGCCAGCGGCUGGUUGGACGUCGCCAGUGGACAGAACGGCGACGACGACGCAGACGACUUUGACGAGCAGGAAGCACCACCAAAAGCAUUCUUAUUUAACUGCGUGGGAGGUCUUGUUCCCGAAGGCAGCGAUGCCAAGGGGCCAGAGGCCAACGCCUGGUAUGAGGAUAAACCAGCCAAGAUAUGGCUGGUUCGUGGAGACGAUCUUUCCUUGUCAAUCACUACGUCCUUUGCCGCCAGUGACGGCGUGCUUUUCGAUGAUCGAAAGGGUGCAAUCACGCCGAAGAAAUUGGCCGCGAUCGCAGAAGCGCAGAACAAAGUCUACGCCCUCCCGAUGUGUCUUCAGCAGACAAUCAUAUCGACCGUCGAGGUUAGAAUCACACGGGUCGAAAGCAGGUCGAGGGUGGUGAGGACCUUAGGCAAUGAGAGAAGUGACACAGAGUGGGGGAUACACCCCAUUCUAAAGACUGUGCCACAGUCGAUAUGGGGAUACUACGAUCCCGAAAAAGACCCCGUGCUCAGAGGCAAGCACGUUUCCGGCCUUCUUGACGGCAAGCCUGCCGAUGCACCGCCUCUUGUCAUGGGCCUGACAAUCGAGCCUCCGAAGCCUUACAUCUCGCGUGACGCCAUACCAAAGUUUAAUCUGGUGGAGGACCUCAAGCUCACGGUCGACAGCAAAGGAUUUGCCUUUAAAAGAAAGGAGACCGCAAGUCCCAUGUGGGCGCCGCCACAUCAAGAUGGCAGCUGGGACAAUUUCAAGGAGAAAUGGCAAAGUCAGCCAGACAGCCGUCCGGAGGAGGCCGUAUGCUUAUGGGCAGAGAGGCUGAAAUUCAAAGGCCUGACGGGGUUGAGGCCGAAAGCACUGCUGAAGAGGUUUGAUGACAUCGUGCCCGUGUUGCCUUUGAUUGCGGUUGGGACGGGAAGUUGA